AUGAGUGCACUAAUGGAUCAUCUUCGACAUUCCAAUUCCCCGGAGUUACAGGAAUUCCAAUUUGAUGAUGAUCAAGAUGGAGAAGAAAUAGAGUCGGGGAGUGGGUUUGGUGGAGAAAGGGUUGAAGGAGCAGAAGAUUAUGAUGCCAUAAAUGAUGAGACCUUCGGUCGAUAUGAACCCACGGAUACUGGUGAUCUGGAGACAUUGGCGGAGAGGGUAAGUUGUUGUUUUCCUUGAAUCGUCGUGUUUUCGUUGGUUUAGUACUUCAUGCCUUUUCUAUUCUUUGCCUUGCAGACAAAACUCCUUGAUUUUGAUGAUGAGGAGCACUCUUCUGUGGUGUGGCCGGACCCAAGUUCUAUCCCUAUUCCCAUGGAUCUCUCAAGCUCUUUGUUUAAUAAAAAUAUCUGGGGAUAUCAUGGCGAUGAACCUUCUACCUCAAAACGCGAUUCAAGUGAAGAUUUCUUCUCCUUUAUUACGAAUGCGACGUUGCCCCGUAAGCAUUUCCAUUAAUGUUAAUAAACUGGCGUUUAGAAACCUUUGAUUCUGAGCAACGAGAACAACGAGUUCAAACGCCAAAGAAGGCAGAUCCUCCCUCUAAACCUAAAGCUCAGUUUUUGACCGAAGAAGACAUUUUAAGACAAACUCGCGAAGAAGAACGGCCGAAUCUGUUAAAUCAGCUGUUCGAAUCAGCCCGAGGUAAGAAAUCUUGGUUUUGAUUGACUUCUAAAUUUAGCUAAUAACCUCACCAACAAACAACCCACUUCAUCUACAAAUCUCAACAAUAAUUUGAACGUAUUAGACUUAUUGAAUAAGGCACAGAAGGUCUCUCAACCAGAAGUGGGAAGUCCGACACUUCAGCAACCUCCUCCGCCUCCAGAAAACUCCUUUCUUCCCGGUUUCCAUGGUCCUCCAGCAAUGAAUCGGAUGCCUUUUCCGAUGCCGAUGAUGUCGCACGGCAUGCCGCCCCAGGGUAUGCCACCUCAUUCACCGAUGCCCCCCUUUAAUGGUCCUAUGAAUCCAAUGUUACAUGCAGUUAUGAUGGGGAAGGCCCCUCCACCGUUUCCGUUGCCUCCGGGCAUGACUCCUCAACAAUGGGCUCAGAUGGCUGCUCAUAUGAUGCCGCCUCCGGGAAUGCCCCCGGUCCCACCACCUUAUUUCAAUAUGCCCCAUCCACAGCACCAGCAACAUUAUCAUGGAAACAGGCCUUAUCGGGAGUACAGAGAGCGCAGGCCCAAUCUUCCAUCUACUAAAACCAUAUCCGACUUUGCAUUUGAUCCUUACGCUGGUCUAAUGUCAAAGAAAGAGCGGGAAUGGCUGAUCAAAAUUCAAUUGAUUCAAUGUAUGGGAACUGGAGAUCCAUGGGACGACGAUUAUUAUUAUGCUGUAUGUGUUUUUGCCAAUUUUUAUUCUGAAUUUAGGUAUGGAAAGACCAAAAUGUGUUGGCUGAAGCUCCAGAGGAAUGGAAAGUGCAGAUCAAACCGAAGUAUUAUACUUUCCACGACACUUACCCGGCUGACAAAUAUGUCCCUCCCGUUUUCAACGGCAGUCUCGGCCGUCCCACACAUGUCACAACUUCCUUUCCUCGGCAGAUUAUUGAUCUACACACGGAGAACGGAGAUGAAGACGAAAGUCAAGUGGGGAAAGUAAAUAAUCAGAAAAAGCUGAGGACUGUUCUUCUGAGGAUAGAGAACGCUUCAUUGGCAUUGUUGGAAUGUAGGGAUAUGGCUUACAAACAAGCAAAGAAAGGAGAGAGCGAUGUGUAAGUGAAAUCUGUAUAAUGUUUCAUUUUUUUUUGGAAGUCAUAUGUGGACGUAUGUUUACAGGGAAAAAAGCGUUAUUUGCGAGAAGGUUGCUGCUAUAGUAAACUCGAUUGUGACGCCUGACAAACUGCCUACGAUAAUGUUGAUUCAAAAAGGACGUCUUCUCAUUGCACAACUGCUUUCCCAAGCCGACGAUCAAUCGAGAUGUCUUAUUUUGAAUAAUCUGGUCAGCAGUCUUUCCGUUUAUACUCGCAAGAUUGCUGAAGAUUCUAAUGUGCAACCACUUCAUCGAGCAAUUGUUAAUGGAUUGAGGACAAUGGAUCUUUCUUUGUUCAAGCAGUUCAGAGAUACCUUCCCAAUCCAAGCAUUUGAGCCCUUCUUGUCCAUUUCUAUUGUAUGUUUGUUUAGCUAUUAUAAUUAUUGAUAUUUUCAGUUCGCACAACAUCUUUGUCUUUCAUUUUUGAUUGGAUUAAUUGGCCGAGAUGAACUGACCAAAGAAGAAACAAUAUCCGGGCCUAUCGGUGAAUGGCUUUCUUCGGAUUCCCAGGAACGAUUAAGAAUACUGUAUCCAGUUAUUAACAUUGAGGCCGUGGAAUUUGAUCUGCUGAAGCUGUUUGAGGGACUAGCCAAAUUCCCUCAGAAUUCGAUCGGGUUUAUGCUUUCGGAAGUUCUGAAGCUUAGAAUCAAACAUAGGCCUUCCUGA